UUGUUGAAGUCCUAAUUGAGCCACAUGAUCUACUGCGUGCAGAUUUGAUGAACUUGUAUUAAUUUGCACUGUGUCAUGACCGAUGAACCCAACGGGUAUUAUGGGGAUUCCUCUAACUGGCCAAAUUUGGGUGCAGAUCUUCCUCACAGCGGCUUUAGCGAUCAUAUGGUGCUCAUUUCCAGUUGACUCAAUUAAAUGCUACGUGUGCGAUGAUAGACUGCCCCCGUCCAAUGUGAGCAGCCGGCCCUCCAAGAACCAGUGUCAGGAUGAUUUCGACAGGGACGUCAACAGAGAUAACGUGGAAGAAUGCGAAAAGGGGUGUCUCAAAACGAAAACUGCACAUGGCACCAUUCUGGUGGAGCGGUUUUGUUCAGUGAUUGAACUACAAGUCGGUUGUCAGCGUGCGGUAAUUCGAGGAGAACCUGGCAACGCCUGUUUCUGCAAGGACCGAGAUCGGUGUAACCAGGCAGUGGCCAUAAGGAUGGGCCCUCUGGCGGGCUGGUUGCUCUGUAUGGGUUAUCUUAUAUUGGGAUUGUGGCUUCGUGAUGGCGGUAACUUAGAUAUAACCGAAAUAUUGAGGAUGGCGAUGUCAAAAUAG